AUGGAUCUAGACACGGAGAAAAUCCGCGAAACGGGAAACUUUCAUACAGAAAGCACCCUGGAAGCCUCAAGAAAAUUCAAACUCAGGUCUUCCCUAGCCAAGAAAUUAUCAAACUUGGCAUUCCUAAACCGCUGCAGGGAUAACAACAUCAUCCCAAAGUUCCUACAACUCAAGGACCACCUAGGAACCCACAAAUCCAAAAACAUCCUUCAAAAAACCAGCCUCAUCCUUAUCAAAGAACGCAUCCACUUUACCGAGUCACAAAUAGCCCAGAUCUCCCAUAAAACCUUCAAACUCCACCUGCUCCUAUCCGCUACGUUGCGGCAUGACAUCUGGCAAACCCUAGAUCGUAUUACAUACGAACAAGCCACGAAGACCCUCACACAAUCCUCUGAAAGACAGAAACAGAAAUACAUGAACCUUGUCCCUCACAAAAAACCACAACCCUCUCUACUCAACGUCAAGAACCUAUUCAACAAAGACCUAUCUCAAGACACCAUAUCUGCACUUGCCAAAGAUCCUAACUUCGCAGUGGCACCAAGAAAGUUCCAAAAAGAAGAGAUUAUCAGCCAAAUAGAGUCAAUCAUCUACCGACUCCCAGCAGAGCAAGCAGAUAAUAUACGCAGACAGGAUAUAUCCAAUAUCCUUUCCAAAGCCAAAACUCCUCCACCAAACACCACUAGACAAGAGCGAUUGACCCUCCAAGACCUGAACAGGGACGCAGACAUCAUCGUGCUUCCAGCCGACAAAGGCAACGCGACAGUAGUCAUGAACACAUCAGACUACAAGAAAAAGAUGAAGAACCUUCUUUCGGACAAAGCAUACAAAAUGCUUGACAAAGAUCCAACCAACAGAAUCGCACAAAACACCAAGAUCCUAGUGGAGAUAAGCAAAAUUCCCAAUGAAGCCAAACCUUCAUUAAAACCUACAAAUCCCCUUCCACCAAGACUAUACGGACUAUAA